AUGACUGUCAAUAAUGAAAUUGGUGUUAUUCAACCUGUCGCAGAAAUCGGUAAAUUAUGUAAGUCUAAGAAGAUAUUCUUCCAUACAGAUGCUGCUCAAGCGGUAGGAAAGAUUCCCUUAGACGUUAAUGCUAUGAAUGUGGAUCUUAUGAGUAUAUCCGGUCACAAGCUUUAUGGCCCUAAAGGCAUUGGUGCUCUUUAUGUUCGUCGUCGACCUCGUGUAAGACUUGAACCUGUUCAAAGUGGUGGAGGUCAAGAAAGAGGUCUUCGUAGUGGUACUGUUCCUGCUAAUUUAUGCGUUGGAUUGGGAGAAGCCUGUAAAAUUGCCAAUGAGGAAAUGGAGUAUGAUCACCAAAGAAUCUCUAAGCUUUCCCAAAGAUUAAUCGAAGGAAUCCAAUCCCAAAUUGAGCAAGUGAACCGUAAUGGUGAUGUUGAGAAAUCCUACCCUGGGUGUGUUAACCUCUCAUUUUCAUAUGUUGAGGGAGAAUCACUUUUGAUGGCAUUGAAAGAUAUCGCUUUAUCAUCAGGAUCCGCCUGUACUUCAGCUUCGCUUGAACCCUCUUAUGUUCUCCGUGCUCUUGGCUCUGAUGAUGAACAAGCCCAUAGUUCUAUUCGUUUCGGUAUUGGAAGAUUCACCACGGAUGAGGAAAUUGACUUUGUUAUCAAGAGAGUCGUUGAACAUGUUCACCGUUUGAGAGAAAUGUCUCCUCUUUGGGAAAUGGUUCAAGAGGGUAUCGAUAUCAAAUCUAUCCAAUGGGCUCAACAUUAA